AACUCCAGAUGAAAAUGGCAAAACCCAGCGAGCUGACAGUCUUAUUAUGAAGAAGAUAAAGAAAAAAAAGAAAAAGAAACACCGGGAAGACGUGAGGGGGAAACGCCUGAAGAUGUACAACAAGGAGGUGCAGACAGUAUGUGCUGGGCUCACUCGCAUUGACAAGGAGACUCUGUCUCAAGGACAGUGUGACAACCUGGAAAUGAACAAGGAAUCCUUCAGGUACCUGAAGGAUGAGCAGCUGUGCAGACUGAACUUGGGCAUGCAGGAGUACCGGGUGCCCCAGGGAGUACAAACCCCGUUUGUGACACACCAGGAGCACUCUGUGCGCAGCAGCUGCCUCAAGACUGGCACUAAAUUCAGUCACUUCAUUCACGAGGAGCAUCAGUCCAAUGGGGGUGCCCUGGUCCUGCAUGCUUACAUGGAUGAACUCUCAUUUUUGUCUCCAGUGGAGAUGGAGAGAUUUGCAGAGGAGUUUCUUGCGUUGUCAUUCAGUGAAAAUGAUAAAAAUGCAGCUUACUAUGCUUUAGCCAUAGUGCACGGAGCAGCUGCCUACUUACCAGACUUCCUGGAUUACUUUGCUUUUAACUUUCCAAACACUCCAGUGAAAAUGGAAAUUUUGGGCAAGAAGGACAUUGAAACAACAACAAUUUCAAAUUUUCACUCUCAGGUCAAUCGCACGUACUGCUGUGGCACCUACAGAGCAGGACCCAUGCGCCAGAUCAGCCUGGUGGGAGCUGUGGAUGAAGAAGUGGGGGACUACUUCCCAGAAUUCCUAGAUAUGUUGGAAGAAUCUCCAUUUCUUAGAAUGACUUUGCCCUGGGGGACUCUUUCCAGUCUCAGACUGCAGUGCAGGUCCCAGAGUGAUGAUGGGCCCAUCAUGUGGGUGAGGCCAGGAGAGCAGAUGAUCCCCACAGCUGAUAUGCCAAAAUCACCCUUCAAACGGCGCCGGUCCAUGAACGAGAUCAAGAACCUGCAGUACCUACCUCGGACCAGCGAGCCCCGCGAGGUCCUGUUCGAGGACAGGACCCGAGCUCACGCCGACCACGUGGGGCAGGGCUUUGACUGGCAGAGCACAGCUGCUGUUGGGGUGCUCAAGGCUGUGCAGUUUGGGGAAUGGAGUGACCAGCCUCGUAUAACCAAAGAUGUGGUUUGUUUUCAUGCUGAAGACUUCACUGAUGUUGUGCAGAGACUUCAGCUGGACCUGCAUGAACCUCCAGUGUCACAGUGUGUUCAAUGGGUGGACGAAGCCAAACUAAACCAAAUGAGACGGGAAGGCAUUCGCUAUGCUAGGAUUCAGUUGUGUGACAAUGACAUCUACUUCAUCCCUAGAAAUGUCAUUCAUCAGUUCAAAACAGUGUCAGCAGUCUGCAGCUUAGCCUGGCACAUCAGACUCAAACAGUAUCACCCUGUGGGAGACACUUCUCCAAAAGCAGAAAGCAAUUCAAGCCUGAACAGUGAUGUUCCUGGAAACACAGAGGCAGAAGGUGAACCCCAAGGUGUGAGUGUAAAAAUAGAGUCUGAAGAACCAGGUAUAGAAAUUCAGCUUACCCCAGGGGUGCUCUCCUCCUCUGUUUCUUCAAUAUCAGGACUUGUGCAACCAGAUCAGGUGGCCCAGCCCCUUCCAGGUUUUAAAAUAGAGUCUGAUCAGCAACACAAUCCACAGGAUCAUGCAGGCUCUUCUGUGUGAUAUGUAUAUAUUCAAACAUUUUUUAAACAACUUUUUAAAAUUUUGAUGUGAAGUUAUAGUUUUAUAACUGGCUUAUGUUUUAUUGGAGAAAUCUUGCCUAUAAUUCUAUAAAGAAAGGUGACAUUCCAAAAUGUCAAGCAUAUCUUUUUUACACAGAUUAUGCAAAAUUCAAGUUGUAUUUUAACCCCUUAGUACAACCUGUAACAGUGGUCUACCACUUCUUUCUGUUCAAGUAAAGAGAUGUUGAGUAUCUUCUCAAAGUCAGAUUGAAAUUCCUCCAGGAACGUGAAAUGAUUGAACUCCAUUGGUCAGUGUUAUUUCCCUACUUUUACUUUAUCUGUAAUCUUCACCAGAAAGUGAUGCUUUUGUAGAAGACUUGCAAAGUGACUUCCCCAUCUCAUUUUAAUUGCUUAAAAAAGUAAAAAAGAAAAAAAAAGAAAAAGAAAAAAAUGGAGAAAGCACAGCACUUUUGAUGAUUUAUGGAAUUUUCAGUAUGUCUGUUCUUGACAUGUUGGUUUAUAUACAAGCUGUAGAAAUUGAUGUUUCUUACAGUUCCUACAAGGGUGACCUGUAAAAAGAACUGAAGCGAGUGUCUGAUUCCUGUUGAGAUGCAAUGACUUACUGACCUAACACUUCUCAUAGCACUGCUUAUGUUGUUUGGUGUGAGGGUUUUUGCUUCCAAAAUACAUCUUCCCUGAACGUGAUAAAUGCUAGUGUCAAAAUUAGAGAACCUCUUGGUAGUCUUGUGGAGGAAACUGCUAUCUUUGAGCACUUUAAGGCUUUAAAAUACUUAACCAACUCGGCAGCUUGUUUUGAUCGGGUCGUAACGUGUCCAAUGGAUCCACACUUUCCCUUGUACUGAUGCACUUAAUAUAAUAAGCAUUGAGCUGAUACCUGACUUCCUAGAAUAAGGACAGCCUUACUGUGUAAGUUCUGUAUUAGUAUUUCACAAUAAAAAGUAUUUUGGCAUUGGACUGCUUUUUCCAUGUGUAGCUCCUGGGUGCCCAGUUACUGUGGAAAAAUCAGCAGCACGUGCUCAAUGUGUAGAGUGUCAGCUAUCAACAGUUUUUAAAUGAUCUUUCAAUAUUUCUGGAUGUUAAUGUGUAAUCUGUAUUUGACUUUCACUCACCCAUUUAUUACUGCCCUUUCCAGUCAUCAAAAGGAAAGUCCCUUUUCCUUCUCCCC